AUGUUUUUCGCCAACAGAGGCACCACAGCAGGGAGCUCAGGGGAUGAAAUUGGAAAGGCUUUAGCUUCGAUCUAUCCUUCAGACCACAACAGCAGCAACAACUUCCCCUCCAACCCCUCCACACCAGUGGGGUCGCCCCAGGGAAUACCAGCUACAUCUCAGUGGUCCAGACCAACCGGCCCGGCUGCUUUAUCUCCUAACUAUGAAGGUGGAUUGCACGCCUUGCAAAACAAGAUGGAGGACCGCCUGGAGGAAGCCAUCCACGUGAUGCGGAGUCACGCAGUGGGCCAGGCCACGGCCCUCGCCAGCGGCCACGGGGACAUGAACAGCCUGCUGACAGCAGCUGCCUCCGCGCACAACGGGGGAGUCGGGGGCCUUGCCCAGGCCUUCUCGGGAGCGGGGCUGCCUCUGAGUAACCGGCACUCUAACAUGGGUGGAAGCCACCACGAGGACUCUGGCGGAUUACCCAGCAACCCUGUACUGCUCCAUGGACACCAUGUCUCUCUGCCCCAGUCGGGGACUCUUUCCGAUCUCAACAGACAGCAGGACUUCUCCAGCAUGACUGCUGGAAUCACACGCUCCACACACUCCUCCUCCAGCACAGAUGUGAAGAGUGAGGGGAAAGAGGAUGAUGAGAACUCCAAUGCAGACAAGUCUGAGGACGAGAAGAAGGACCAGAAAAGCUCUCGCAGCCGAACAAGAAAAGAGCCGUUUUCCUUCCAGACCUUCUCUGCCCUCUCAGACCAGGGAAAUGAGGAUCUAGAUGAGGAUGAGGAGGACCUUCCCGUAGAGGUUAAAGCUGAGCGAGAGAAAGAGCGGCGGGUGGCUAAUAACGCCCGUGAAAGGCUGCGGGUUCGAGACAUCAACGAGGCCUUUAAAGAGCUUGGGCGCAUGUGCCAGCUUCAUCUUAGCGCCGACAAACCUCAGACCAAACUACUAAUCCUGCACCAGGCUGUUAAUGUAAUACUCAACCUGGAGCAACAAGUGCGAGAGCGUAACCUGAACCCCAAGGCAGCCUGUCUGAAGCGACGCGAGGAGGAGAAGGUGUCGGGGGUGGGGGAUCCCCAGAUGCAACUGUCAGGGGGGCACCCAGGCCUAGGGGACGGGCACAACCCUGUCAGCCAUAUGUAGCACCAGACUCAUGCUCUGGAAUUUAGCAGUGCUCUUGGAAGAUGUGGCCUUAUAUUCUUCUUCCAGUAUCACCCUCAUACUGCCAAAGCUGCCACAGCCGGUGGGGCAGAGAGCUGUACCUGACUCAACCGGUGCAAAUGUGAAGAAUUCUUCUCAUUCAUGGUUUUACAUUUGCUUCCAUAAAUGAUGGAACCUUUCAACAGAUCCUGAUCACCAAGUGGAGAAUCUCAGCUGCUGCUUCUCCAACACAGCCAAGAGGAAAUGAGAAAAAAAAAAAAAAAACAGGAAUUUGUGCCUAAUCUUCUUUAUAUCUUUUGUUUUUAUAAAAAACAUUUUCGCAAUGUUUGGAACAAACUUUUUUUUUUUAAAUUGCUUAUUUGUAAGCAAUUACUGUUCAAUAUUUUUUGUAUAAAAAAAAAAAAAAAAGGUCUUUUAGUCAUUUUCUGAUUUAGCAUUCCCAGCAGAUAAAAGGAGCUGUCUUAUUUCUCAGUGGAAAAAAGACUGGUUUGUUGUGUUAAUGCUUAGUGUAACCAUUCAGGGCUUCAGUUUUGAAGGGGUGGGGGGCUAGUGAGUGUACGGAUGCCUGAAGCUGGCUGGUAAUUGAGUAGUUGUACUGAGGGGCGAGGGGGGGGUGAUACUUAAAAACAGGCUAUCCGUUUAGCCAGACAGGAAGUAGGCCUCAAUAUGACAAAUGGGAGUCACGAAAGGAGGAAGUGGCUGCAGCCCCCUCCCCCCGUAGCAGCUGCAGGGUUCACUGUGUGUAGCGGCUGUUUUAAUUCAGUGUUGAAAAGGGAAAUGGGCAACAAAGUAACCCCCCCCCCCCCCCCCCCCCCAUACACAUACUUGCUCAGCCUUUCCAAACUCCAUAGAGGGGGGCACCAUUGUAUUCCCUGGGCUGAGCAUGAACGAUGGGGAAGUCUGAAGCACUCCCUAAGUGUAUUGGCUUCCCCUCUGCUCCACUGCUUGCUUCUUUCUUACUGUUUCCAGCCAGCUCACAUUUACACAUUGGAAAUGUCAAGCAGCUGUUCUGGUGGACAUUUUCCAUUUAAAAAGAUCUCCCCCCUGCCUCUUCCCAGUAAGCCUGGAGCAAAAGAAUCCCUGUAUCUGUUUCUCUCUGUGCUGUGUAGAGAGCGAAUCUCUAGAGCUUCACAAACCCACUCCUUUCAUUAAUCUGUGGGGGUUUAAUUUGUUCUUGUUUUUCAUUGUUAUUGUCUGUUGUUCUUGGGCAAGCAUGUACAUUAAAAGAAAAAAAUACAAUUCAUGCAUAAGUAGGGAUGUUAUUUUAUGUAAGAUGAGCAAAACUAUAUUUUUAUUAGACUAUACAUUGUAGAUUUUUUUAAGAAAAAAAUAUGUAGUUGGAGUAGAGUGUAGAGUUUGAAAGAAAUGUCUUUAAUGAGUUUGCUUCUCAUGGCUGCCAUGUCAGCAGUUAUCUGUUUUUGUUUUUUAAACAUAAAAUAAUUAAAAACCUGGUAUUGUGGACACCUGUAUUGGCUCUGUUUGAAAACGCAGGGAAGAGUCCUAAUCUCUUGUGGGUGCACCUCCUGCUUAAUGGAAACUAAGUGGAAGAAGGUGAUGAUAGAAUAAUUCCCGUGACCAGAGGAGUGUUGCCCUGUCUGUUUUUGCUACUGUCUGUUAAGGCAGAGACUGUGGUAGUGGGAAGGCAGGGGCUCGCUGUCGAAACAAGUGAGGGGCCGAGUCUUCCAGAUGUAGAGCUGGCAUAGAAGCAUGCAGGAGAGACAGUGAGCAGAGCCAGUGCGAGCCACGGGGUGUCGGGAGAGAGCAGGGUGACGCUCACAUCUGGGGUUUAAAUGUUCAGAGCGCUUGGGCCUCCUCAAGAUGAGCUGCCUGUUUUUAUUUUUUGUUUUACGGGCGUGGGGUGGGGGAGGGUUAUUCCUCUAACAGAACUUUUUUUUUUUUAACACUAAUUUAAAAGUGGUUUUGACCCUUGUUUAAGCAUUACCCUGAAACUGGUGUGCAGGGAUUCUCCGCUGUGCCCGUUUCAAACGCAGGUCCUCGCCAGACCCCAGUAUUAUCCUCUCUUUGUAGAUUUGUUUUUAUCCCACUCAUAUCCACAGCAUUGCAGUGAGGGGACCUCUGUAUCCAGAAACUGAACCACCAUGGCUGAGCUGGGAUUCUCAUUGGCUCUAACCACUAGGCCUGUUGGUGCUACUUUUUUUUUUUUUUUCUUUAAAUAUGGUUUGGUUAUUGUUGGUCGUCAGCUUAUUUGUAUAUAUCUAUUGACCUAGUGAGAUUUAUAAGGAAUACUCUCGUCCGUCCGUCCCCCCCACUGUGGUUCCAAUGCAGUGUGUCUGCUAUUCAUGUUUCAUCCUGACACCCCUGGUUUCUGUUAGCUGUGGGGAAUUUAUUUCAUGGGGGGGGGGGGGGGCAGGGGGGGUAUAUAAUUUACCAGACUGUUGACUGAAUAGAACAAAAGUGUGUGCUUCUCUUUAGUUACCUGACACAGCUACCAGCAGAGCCCCUUGCUGGGUGGCAGCAUUGUGUACUUUCAGUAAACCACAGGGGGGCGCUGUUCACACCGUUAUUAGUUUACUGUUGACUACAGCAGUGGAGCAGCGAGUGUUUUAUUUAAAAACUUGAUCAUUAGUUCUUUACAAGAAAAGCAAUAGUGUGGCCUUUUCAUUCUCGCUCUUCUGACGCCAUGUUGAGAGAAUGAUACCUAAUCAGUGCCUGACAUUUUUGUUUUUAAACUUUAAAAAAGUAAAAUAAUAGUCUAGUACAUUUAUUGCAGAGAUGUGCAGUAUACCCUAUAAAUGGUUUUAAAUGUGGGUAAAGAAGAAAAAUUAGGCUUAUUUUUCAAACUGAUCCUUUUUUUAUAUAACAAUUUUUUUGAUAAAGAGGAAAUUUAAAAAUGUUUGUUUUGUAGUAUUUUUUUUUUUUUUUUUUUUUUUUUUUUUUAAAACAAUUGUCUGGACUCAAACUUUGAUCCUGCUACAUGAUAGAUAGUGAUGUGGAAACCUUUUUGUGAGUUCUUGUUUUUAAUCGUCUGUUUAGCAGUUAUGAUUAGUGUUGGCAGCUAAGCUGUUCAGCUGGCUCAUACACUUGUACUCCACUUAAAGGGAGAGGCAUCUGCUUUUCUAUGUAGAAGGGCUGAGGUCUCUGUCAUCUGAACAAGGAUCUGAGGCUCCCAAACAGUAUUUGUUGUAACCAGUAAGUUUGUUUACACUCUACAUCUGAUUAGGGGAGCAGAGAAGGUGAAUCCUAAUGGCACUGCCCAAGUUGUUUUGUUUUCUUUGUGUUCCAUAUUUGCCCACUUGGCUUCCCCGCUGGGCUGUUCCCGGCUCUAGAGUGAUGUAGUGGGUUUAGCAGAUGACCUGGUCAGGCUUCCUGGAGCAGUGAAAGCAGGUGUCUCUGUCCUUCAAAGGUGGGAUCACAAGAAGUGAAAGGUUGUGUUUGAGUGCCUCCAGUCAGAACUUUUCCUUUUUUAUAAAGUAGCUAUUGAGAACUGUCAUGUAUAUAACAGUAAUGUAGCAAUAAAUGUGCCAUUUUUAAUAACAUAUGCUUUUUUUUUUUCAAUGUCUGUCUUUUGAAUCUUGUAUACUUUAAAAAAAAAAAAAAAAAAAAAAAAAAAAAAAAACAGAACAAGGAAAAACAGGAGAAGGAAUAAAAACAUUGUAAUAAAGGUUUUACCUGAAACUGAAA